AUGAAAUUCGCUUCCGCUUCGAUCGCCUCUUUGGCCCUCGCUUCUGCUGCCUUGGCCCUUCCGGCCUACAAGAGAGACGAUGACUGCUCUACUACCCAGGUGCACGUCCAUCACAAGCACAAGAGAGAAGUCGUCUACGAGUACGCCUACGUCACCGUGACUGUAAACGGCGCCGGCUCCAUCCAGGGUGGUCCUUCCAUCCAGACUAGCUCUCCCUCCACUUCGUCUUCGGACCAAGUGACUACCUCGUCUGUUUCCACUCAGACUCCUUCCUCGAGCCCUGCUGCUUCUUCAACAGGUGGUUCCUCCACUCUGUCGUCUUCCGGCUCCACUCCUUCCUCCGGUACCAACAACGGUAUCUGGGGUGAUCUUUCUGCCUACUCGGGCCCCUCCGGUGAGUUCCAGGACGGCACCAUUUCCUGUGACGACUUCCCCGUUGGUAACGGUGUGAUUGCCCUUAAUCACUUGGGCUUCGGUGGCUGGUCUGGUAUUUACAACAGCGACACUUCCACCGGAGGCUCUUGUAAGGACGGUUCCUACUGCUCCUACGCUUGUCAGUCUGGUAUGUCCAAGACCCAGUGGCCCUCCGACCAGCCAUCCAACGGUGUUUCCGUCGGUGGUUUGUUGUGUAAGAACGGCAAGUUGUACAGAACCAACAAGAACACCAACCACUUGUGUGAGUGGGGUGAAGAUAAGGCAAUUGUCCAGAACAAAUUGGGCAAGGAGGUGUCUAUUUGCAGAACCGAUUACCCUGGUACUGAGAACAUGGUGAUCCCAACUGUUGCUGAGGCUGGCAAGUCCAUUGUGUUGACCACCGUUGACUCCGACACUUACUACGAGUGGCAGGGUAAGUCCACUUCUGCUCAGUACUACGUCAACAACGCUGGCGUGAGCUACCAGGAUGGCUGUUUGUGGGGUUCUGCCGGUUCUGGUGUUGGUAACUGGGCUCCUUUGAACAUUGGCGCUGGCUACACCAACGGUAUCGCAUACCUUUCUUUGAUUCCAAACCCCAACAACAGGGACUCUGCCAACUUCCGUGUCAAGAUUGUUGCUGACGACAACUCCGUUGUCAACGGCAACUGUGUUUACGAGAACGGUAAGUACAAUGGUGACGGCACUGAUGGCUGUACUGUUGCAGUCACCUCUGGCCGUGCCAAGUUCGUGUUCUACUGA